UUUCUUUUCACAAGUGGAACCUCCUCCAGAGGAAGAACCCGAACCUGAGGUGGAAGAGCCUCCUCCUGCUGUAGAAGAGGAGGCAGAACCUGAACCAGAAGAAGCCCCUACUGAGGAGGAGGCCACAGAUGAGACAAAACCAAAGCCAAAGUUCAUGUCGAACAUCACUGCUCCAAAGAUUCCUGAAGGAGAAAAGGUCGACUUUGAUGACAUCCACAGGAAGCGUCAGGAGAAGGAUUUAACUGAGCUGCAGUCUCUCAUUGAAGCUCAUUUUAUUCAGAGGAAGAAAGACGAAGAGGAGCUGAUCGCUCUGGUCAACAGAAUUGAGAAACGUCGUACGGAGCGGGCGGAGCAGCAGAGAAUCCGUGCAGAGAAAGAGAAGGAGAGACAAGCUCGUCUGGCUGAAGAAAAGGAGAGGAGAGAGCAAGAGGAACAGAGGAAGAAACAGGAUGAGGAUGCUAAGAAGAAGAAAGCUCUUACAAACAUGACUCACCAGUACGGAGGAAUCCAGCAGAAGGGUGAGGGUCGUAAAGGGGCAAAGAAACAGACGGAAAGAGAGAAGAAGAGGAAGAUCUUGGCUGAGAGGAGAAAGCAACUCAACGUUGACCAUCUGUCUGAAGAUAAACUCAAAGAGAAGGCCAAUGAGCUGUGGCAGUGGAUGAUGCAACUGGAGGCCGAGAAGUUCGACCUCAGCGAGAAACUGAAGAGACAGAAAUAUGACAUGAACGUUCUCCAGGCCCGAAUUGCUGAACAACAGAAGUUUGCCAAAGGUCGUGGCAAGGGCAAGGUUGGUGGCCGGCUGAGGUAAACGUGCCGCGGAUCGAGGUGGCCCAGAAAUCCAGAAGACUUUGUCACCUUUUCAACAUAUUCAGCUGUAGUUAUUUUAAAAAAAUUGCUGUUCUGUUUGACUGCACUUGUAGAGGCAGUAAAGUGCCAUUUUUUGCCUUUGUCAUGUUGUUUUUCUGCUGUUUAGUCUUGGAGACACAGGAAUUUUGCAGCUAUUACUUAAUAUCAUGUACGCAACAUUAAAAGAGUCAAACCAUCUU